AUGUCAACAACAGAGAACACAACAACAGUUAUAGUCCAUGAAGCUAUAAAUGAAGAAUACGAGUACAUACAGUUUAACAAACAACUCCGUCUCAUUCGUUCGGUCAAAGACGAUAUGUACCAAAUGCAAAGUAUUUUGACAGCAUGUUUUGCUCCAGAUACUAAGAAACCACAAGACUGGUUUAGGAACCAAAGCACACAAGAACUUUUGAGCGAAGCACAGCGAGACAUACUUUUUUCUGAAAACAGUGAAGAACAGCGACUACGAGAAAACCCCAGUCGCCAAAACUCUAUGAAAAUCGUGAAAAAUUGCCAAACGGUUUGA